CUCAACCCUACAGAGCUCAGGGUACUUGCAUCUUGGAUGAACAAAAAAGAUGAGCGCGAAAUGCUCAGGGAUUGGAACAAGUCGGAGCUUGCGGUAAUGAGAUGGGAAUGGCGUUGCGACAACCUCAAGAUGCGUUGGCACGCGUGCACGUGAGUAUUCUCAGCAAGAUGAACUUGUGGCAGACACGAGGUUUUUUUACUCUUACAGCACACCUCGAAGCCCGCUUUCACCAUAUCGAUUUGUCAAUCACAGAUGCGAACCGAUUUUCAGAAACCAACAGCGGCGGAAGGUCACGUGCAGCAUUGAGCCGCUUCUCUCCCCGCGCCUCGAAGUGGCAUGGCGUGCAGAGGGUCGAGGGUUGCGCAUCCCUUGGUCGCCGCUCGCCGCCGCCGUCGCCUGUCCCCUCGCAACCACAAAUUGCACUCUUCAUCGCGGCAAAGGUGCACUUUCAUCGCCGCUAACCCGUUGGACUGACAGAGCUGUAGCUACAGAAGCUGCAAAAUUGAUAAAAUGGUCGGAACCCACGUUAUCAACAUAGCCACAGCCGCCCGUGACCUGUGGCUCCUCAGGCAGCCGGCCUCCGUAUAGUCCUCUCCGCGCGGCAUGCACCUGAGUGCUAGAUCUCACGCCCUCUUCACC